CGCUGAUUUAAAUCUCUGGACAUUAACGUGACACACUGUGGGAAACGAUCGCCAGGACAUUAUUCGCUAUCUAAACAACACACAUCGCCUCUUCUUUUUCUCCUUUUUGUGUGUGGUCUGCUAAACCCAAGAUCCCGGCAGUGUUCAUGGUCCCCUGUCAGUGUGGAGGUGUGGGUGUGCAGACAUGGAGAGCUAUGAGGAGUUUGCCCUUCGAACCAUGGCCUUGCUACGGGCGAAGAAGAAGUCAGAGGAGAUGGACUUGAAGACACAAUGUUCACUGAAAGACCUUUCCGCCAUACUAUUUUACGGGAAGCCGGUGCUUCCACCUCUGCUGACCGCAGAGCAGCGCAGAGUCAUGCGCGACCAUCGCGAGAGGGCGGUACAGGUGCACGCAGACAGACUGAACCAGCGGAAGAACUGCGUUCUGAACCGGGUCCAGAACAUCUUGGACCUGGCAGUCAAGCAGGUCGACGCCAACAAAGGGCCCAGUGUUACGCAGGAGGACCAGUUACCUCGCCCCGGCGGUCCCUCCCCUAAACACGAGACCGUCAACGGCUACACCCUGGUCACCGACUCCCCCGGGCUCCUCCGGGACUCUGGGUGCACCGUCGAGGAACCGGUCCUCCCCGGUCCUCCACGCUCAGAACCCCACCACGGUGCCGCCCAGGUAGACGGAGCCCAAGCCCCGCCGCGAGACCGAGAGGAGGAGGAGGAGGGGGAGGAGGGGGAAGAGGAGGAGGAGGAGGAGGAGGAGGAGGAGGAGGAGGACAUCAGCCUGGACAGCCUGCUGAAGCGCUCCAGGGAGUACGUGGAGAAGGAGCAGAGCCGGCGGGAGUCGUUGGUGGUCCUCCGCACCCCUCCCCCCCCCCCCGACCGCCUCUCUGACCGGGAGGGCCUCGGGGGUGGAGUUCGGAGGGACUCGGGGGUGGAGUUCGGCUUCAGCCUGCGUCACAGCCCGGUCGGCUCCCCCAGGGGCCCGGUCGGGGCGCGCCGUCCCUCGCCGAGCCCCCCGGACCCCCACGCCUCCCAGCGGGCCCCCAGCAGCCCCGAGCUCAUCCUCGUCCACCCCGUCCACCGGCGCAAGCCCCGCCCCGUCUCCGCCGGCAACCUCCACCUCUGCUUCCCGACGGGCCAGGGCGACCUCAUCCCCCGGAGCCCCGGGGGCGCGGGCGAGGCGCGCGGCAUGGCGGCCUGGGACGAGGCGAGCCCGCCCGGGGGGGCGCGGGUCUCCGACCUCUGGGGUCCGCCCGGCGGCGGCGGCGGCGGCGGACGGGAGGCAUCGACGUGCGCCGCGAGCCGAGUCUCCGCCCCCAGCCCGCUCGGACCCCCCCACGAGGGGUUCCGGCGCCGCAGCCACACCCUGGACAGCCAGCUGUACCCUCCCCCGCCGCCGCCGCCGCCCGGCGUGGACCGCAGCCAGGAGAGGGCGCCCCGCUUCAUGGCCGGGGUGACGCGGCAGCCGCCCAGCCGGAGGGCCGGCGCGGCCGCGCCUCUGAACCAGUCGUACGACGUGGAGACCCCCGCGCCGGGGCUGCACAGGCCCCACGUGUCCCCCGACGGUGGCCCCCCGGGGCCAGACGCCAGAGCCACCAAAACGGUGCACAUCAACGCCCCUGAUGGUACCACAGGGGGGUCACCAGAGGAGACCCAGUGGCGGGUGCACGCCCUGGAGGACAUGCAGAAGCGCUUGGAGGAGGAGCAUGUGCUGCACAUGUCUCUGCUGCUCGCUGAGCAGGAGAGAGAGCAGGAGCGCCUCCAACAGGUCAGCCUGUGCUAUUACACCAAAGAGCAGGAGCGCCUCCAACAGGAGCUGGAGGAGAAGGAGAGGAGAUCGAUGGGGCCGGGCGGCGACCGGCCGCUGAGUGGAAGCGGUCUUCCCUCGCUGUCGCUCUCCAACCGCUCCUCUCCUUCCAGCCUGCCCCCGGCCUACCUCUGGGGGCCCCCGUGGGGGGCCGGCAAGCCCCGAUCCAGACUCAGUCAGGUCCUGACGGCAGAGCAGCAGAAGUGUGUGUGUCGCCUCGGGGCGGUCGCCCGAGGCUUCCUAACCCGCAGGCUGAUGGACACAGAGAAGGUCAAACACCUACGCCAGACCGUGGGGGACACCCAGGAGUUCAUCCGUUCGUUCCAGAGUGAGGGUCCCGCUAAGAGAGGCUCCGUGUCCCCCCAGGACAUCUCCCUGCAAGACCGAGUCAGAGCCCAGCUGCGCGCCGCCCUGUACGACCUCCACGACAUCUUCUUCGAGAUGCCCCUGCAGGACCGGCUGGCUCUGCUGCAGCAGGACAGGGAGCUGCGAGCCGAGAGGAAGCAGAGAGAGAUGGAGAAAGCCAAGAGCCCCAAAGACAGAGUGGCGUUGUCGGCUGCUACACAGAGGUCCCUGGACAGGAAGAGGAGGGUGGUUGGAUCUCCCGCUCAGGGCAGGAAAACAUCACAGAAGACGAAGGGCGCCUCGAACAACAGGUACUGUCUAGGACCAGCUGCUCUGCCUUCAUCCAACCGCCCGCUCCCUUCAUCAUCAUCGUCAUCUUCAUCCACAUUUUCGUCAUGUAAACAACGGGUCACAUCGCCCUCUCCUCAUUCAGCGUCCCGGAAGCAAAGCAAGGCCAGAAAGCCCCGGCCGUAGACAAGCUCAAACACCAGGGGAGCUGCUACCGGAAGACCCCAGAGGGGAGGACCACUCGCUCGGACGGCCUGAAGAAGCAGAACUCUGUGGGCUGAACACGCCGCUCAGAGGGCCUGGAGAACCAGACCUCGUUGGGCUGAACACGCCGCUCAGAGGGCCUGGAGAACCAGACCUCGUUGGGCUGAACACGCCGCUCAGAGGGCCUGGAGAACCAGACCUUGUUGGGCUGAACACGCCGCUCAGGUGGCCCCCUUAACCUGCAAGAACACUAGAACACCUCUGUCUGUAUCUGUAAAAACCAAGCAGUGUCGUAUGUACAGUACAACCACCGCUACUUGGAUGACUGCUGCUAAACACACAAAGGUCUACUGAUCUCCUUCUCCACGUGUCUAUUACCUCGGUUAUUGUUUUUGUAUGAUCUAAAAAGCACUUUUUAUAACAUUGAACUUUAAAGACUAUAAUGUGCCCUUACUGUCAUGUCACAGACUGGAAGACUUGUCUGUGUGAGAUUUAUAACUACUAGAUAAAAAAGAAAUGUCAUACUUGCAGCUAAAGUAAAGAGUAACAAAGGUUAAGGUUUUCCAUUAGUGAGAAAGAGAAAUGUUUGUGCCUUCCCUCACACAUAUCUACUUAUCCUGCAUGCUUGCUGAAUGUAAUAUUUUCCUUGGCUGUCAUUUCAAAUGCAAUUUCACUGAUGCUUUACCGACAGUCAUUGGUAGUCGAGUGUUAAACUGAAUUAUAUUGGAAUUGAUGUGAUAAGGGUCAAGUUAGCUUGACCCCUUUUAUUCUUGGUGCCUAUUUAUUUAUACCAACCCUACUUUUCAUUGUUUUGUGUGUAUGUUGUUUGGAUAGGAUCAAUGCCAAAAGAAAAUAAAUCUGAAUGUAUUUAUACGGAGAGCUAAAUGUCUUAUGUGAAUGUCUAAAUAAUGACAAACACCCAACCAUCAUGUUGCUUUUAAAUACUGACAUGUUAGGGAGAGAUGAUAUUAAAGUGUAUAAAUAGCAAGGUA